UAUCUGGUGUAGUUGUAGUGUAAACGACCAACUAUCUGGUGUAGUUGUAGUGUAAACGACCAACUAUCUGGUGUAGUGGUAAUGUAAACGACCAACUAUCUGGUGUAGUGGUAGUGUAAACGACCAACUCUAGUGUAAUGGUUGUAGUAUAAGCGACUGACUGACUGCUGAUGUAAACACCAGUAUUGUCAUGAGCAGUUGUCACUUGUAAGUCUAGCAGUGCAACAUGGAGGACAAGGAUCCCAUAGCCCUGCACGUCAUCGUGGUUGGGUUCCACCAUAAGAAGGGAAUGCAGGUGGAAUAUGCAUACCCCACACUGGGUGGCAGUGAUGGAUGUGAACUUCCUGAUUUGUGGCGCCAUCUUCCUUCUCUCUGCUUGCCUGAUGGCGCUCAUAACCAUGAGGCUGACACAAUCUUCUUUCACCUUCCACAUCUCAUGAAAUCAGACCAGACUGUGUUUGGAGUAUCAUGUUACCGACAGAUUGAUGCAGAAAAAGUAACUAAUAAAAGUGCAGACAUAACACGGAACACUGUGCAGAAGUCAGUAUGUGUGCUCAGUACUCUUCCAAUUUAUGGCUACAUUCAGGAACGUCUUCAAGUUACAACUAAAGUAUACUUUAAGGGAGCAGACUUUUCAGAUGUGCAGGACCUAAAGGGCCUCUACCAUGAUCUUAACACCACCAACUGGCGAGACAAACUGGCUCAUGUUGAUCAUGAGGAUAAGUAUGGAGUGUUUGUAUCUGAUGCUGUAAGAGUGUUUGGUCGCAACAUGCUGGUGCUGUUCAAGAUGCUACUGUUGGAGCGACGUGUACUCUUCUACCACAGUCCUGUUGGUCCACUUGUGCGCACCAUCACCUCACUUAUGGCACUCCUCCCUGAUAACUUUCCCAAUGGCUUGGCUCAUGCUGCUUCCCUGAGGUCAAGAGGUCCUGUAGGCCUUGCCACGCUGCAGCCAAGUCAAGAUGAAGCUGAUUAUAUGGAAGUGUGUUUUGCAGAAGAUGCCCUCAUUUCCUUGGUGAGCAGUAAUGAAGCAGAUCCUGAGGACUUCAAAAAAGCAGAGGACACAGUGGAAAGAUCUUCCACUAAUGGUGAUCAGCAAAACAGGGAGGUGCAAAGUGCUGAUACUGGUAAGGUGGAAAUUUUUCAAGAAAAUAAUUUAACAUUGGGUGACCUUGACAAGCUGGAAGAGGGGUCAGAGCCAAGCAAGAUCAUAAAUGUUACAAAUGAUGAAAAUCUCCAGCAUGAGGGCAUCACUGUAGAUAACAUUGUGUCUCCUAGUGAUGACCUCAGUGAGCGUCGAAGCAGCAACUCAAGCUUAACUUCUGUGACAUCGCGUGGAUCAAUUAUGUCUCCUCCAGAGUUUAAUGGUAGUGGUAGUGGCAAUUCUGCAGCAAAUAUCACAAGCAAAAUGUUUUCACUGAAGGGCAGGUUGAGUGGUGCCUUCAGCUACUGGACAGGAAAAGAAAAAUCACCAACCCAAGAGAAACCAUCAUCAACAGCUACUCCCAACCCAUCUCCCAGUGAACCUGGAGAUGACAUCCCUGUUUCUCCAACCACUGGAGGAUCUCUCUCUCAGGAACCUUUGUUGCUUGAACCAGAAGCUACCCUCUCUCCCUUUCAGUCACCACCAGAAAAAUUUGCUGCUCUUGUACCAUCAGAGUGUGGGCUUCCACUUGAGAUUUUCACCAAGGGUAACUUGGUCCAUCCCUACCUCUCCUUACAGUACCUGGAUGUUUUGAGUGCUCCAACAUCUCGAGCUUUCCUGGUAGGAGCUUCCAACACACUUUUCAUUCACAAGAAACAUCUUUAUGAUGUACUUGUACAGCUAGAGGAAGGGAAAAUUGAGAUACCUGAUCCAGAUUUGAAACGUCAGCUGAGCUUGUCUACAGAAGAUCUGCGAUUUGCAGAAAACAUCGUUCGUCAGGUAGAGGCAGUAAGUGCAACCUUGAAUAACAAAGCUCCCAAUGGCACCUCUCCCAUAAAGAACCACCCAGAUGUGUUUCUUGAAGGUGUUGGCUGGGUCGGUGGUGAAGAAUGGCUACGUUAUCAGUUUAAGGUGUACCUCCUCUCUCUCUUGCGAUCAUCUGUGUGUGCAGAGGGCAGCCGAGAAUGGGAAGUAUUCAAUGGAACCUUCAUGAGUGCUUGGAAAGAAACUCACAAUUAUCGAGUGUGGAUGGCAUCUGGUCCUUACCCAUCACUGAUGGAGCUGACCCCAGGCCAUCCUCAUGCAGGCAAUCUUUCUAUGAAUGACAUGAGAAUUAGGCUCUCACACACAAUCCAAGGCUUGGACAAAGGUCGUCGCAUCAAUCAGACACUUGCUACCACUGGCACAGCGGUUGUGAAGACCAAAGAAGCUGUUGGAGGAGCUCUGACAUCAGCUCGUGGGGCAAUAACCAACUUGUGGUCUUCCUUCACCACCAGUAGUAACAACGCACUCACAGAUCCAGCCAUGGAAGCCACAGAAACACUGCAUAGUGCUAGGCUUGAAGACCAUCAGGAUGAAAAGACAGUUUCUGCCAUGGAAGUGCCAGAGUUAAGCAGUGAACAAGAGUCCUCUGAGAAGAAGUUAACCUCAACACAGUAAAUGGUAUCUCAAUAUUGGCACAAUGUUUUUGUUUGUGUAGCACAAAACUAGAUGGAAAAAUAUGAAUUCCAAGUUUUGUACAAGAAGUUGAGCAUUUGCAUUUUAGUCUUUUGUCCAAAUUCUCUCCAUAUACAUUACAUUUUCAAUUUUAAUUUGAAAAUUCUUGGUCACUCCAUAGAAAAACAUCAACAUAUUUUAUUUUGUAAGUAUAUCAAGCCAUACAUAGUAUAUAUAAUUAUGUACAUAUUAUAUAUGAAAUAUAUAUGUAUAAUUUAUGAGCAUGCAUAUUAUAUUAAAUUAUAAUUAACAGAUGUGCCAUGCUAGUUGCAUUUCUGAGAAUACAAAUAUUCUCUUAACAUUACAUACAUAAAACACUAAAUUAUUGUCCCGUUUCUUCAUUGUUUGACUUAAAGAAACGCUAAUGUGGCACAAGAAAACUAUCUCUAUUUGUACAGAAUUCAUCCAUAAGAUUGUAUCAAGCAUAUUUAGUUGUGAUGCCUUUCAAAGCUCUCAUUGUAGGUUGGAAAAGACCACUUUAGAAAGAAAUAUUGAAAACCUGAACAAGUGUUUUGAAAAUAUGGGUGAUUAUUAUGUAAAAUCUGAAAAAUAAGAAGCAGUACAGUGAUUAUGUUUAUCAUAUUUGACUUACAAAUAAGUACAUUUCAUUCAUUUAGUUUCACAUAAUUUUUUUCAUUGAGACUUGUACAGUAAAUUAAUUUUAUAUUAUGAUAUUUUUAGAUUAGUGGAUUAAACCAGACUUCCUGUAUGGUGUACAUAUGCAUGACUGUUUCAUGUCAGUCUAUAGAUGGUCAUUAGAUGUCAUUUAAUAGAUGGGAUCAAGAGCUGCAUCACAGCUCCUGCAAACUCGUACAUGUAUAAGUAACUUAGCAAGUAGCCAUUACACCAAACCUGUCCCCUGAAGCGCACAAACAGAAUAUUUUUUUUACACUGAUCAGUUUUACAGGCUAAGAGCUGUUUAUCUUACCUCAGCUCAUUUCAAAGCUGAGCCCUAUCUAAGGUAUACUACCACUUCCUGAGAUGUGACCCACAACAAUCAAGUAACACCUAGGUACCUACUUACUAGGUGAACAGGGGCAGCAGGUAUAAGGAAACAUCCCCAAUGUCUCCACCUGUGCUGGGGAUCAAACCAUGAACCCUCAUUAUGUAAGGUGAGUGCACUGUCAACCCAGCUGCGGGACACCCAAUUAGCAGCACUUUGUGUGUGCAAACCAUCCUUGAGUUUGCAAUGCCAGCAUUGAAUACUCACCUAGUCAAAUACAAAGCAAAACUUAGUCAAUGGCUAUGCAUCCAGAGCCUGAAUUGAAAGAGAGAAUGUAACGGCUAAACCUCCUGUUUCGGGAGAAUGAGGAAUAAAAGGGUACUAGACAGUAAAGACAGUCACCCACCUUGGAGGAAAAGUCAUAGUACCAGUUAUUUGUGACAGUGGACCACUUGGAAGGGAAGCACAUCAUGAGCCUGGACAUGUGAGACAGUUAACUGUGGCACCAGGCAGGAAAGCAGGUCAUGGUAUUACACAUUUAAACAUUAGAUCAUUUAGGAGGGUAACACCUCCCAAUACCUGACAUUUGAGACAGUGAACCACCUGGGAGGAAAACACCUUAUAGUACUGACUAAAGAAAAGGUCAUAUGCUAGACCUGUCACUUACAAUACACAGACAUAAUAGUUCAGAUGCAUACUUACAUUAGCAAAAAUAAGGAUGCUCUACAGAAACCUGAACAUAGACUACUUAGAAUUGCUUUUCACCACACAUGUACAACCACCCCUUGAGUAAACAUUACAUGAAGUGGCUCUUGUAUCACUAAAUGUGCAUAGAUCAAGAAGACACAUGAUUAUGACAUACAGAAUACUCUUUAGUGGGAGAGUGGGAAAAGACUUUGAAACUACACCCAAACAAGCCAUAAACAUUAGAAAACAUUUUUACCGUGGCCCGGCCUGUGACCAGGCCGUGGGGGCGUUGACCCCCGGAACUCUCUGCAUGUAAACAUUAUAGUAAUAGCCAAAUCUGUAUACAGAUUUGAUGCAUAAUAAAUAUGAAAUAAAUCCACAGCCAUUAGCCAAAAGUUAAAGCAGGCCCAUGAGCUUUAAUUCAUCUCAUAUAAACUCAAAUAGGUCUGCUUUUGUAGCUACAAAUAGGUAAUUAAAAUUUCAUGAAAAUAUAAUAGAGACCCCAGCUGCAAAGAGAGUGAGUUUUAUGGUGGGAAAUUGCUGUAAUAUCUUCAGUCAAAUAAAACUAGUAUUACAGUGCAUAAAUUUUUCUCAUCUUUGAAUAAAUCACUGGUUCCACAGCAGUAACAGUUGUAGUGGAUGGAAAAUUCAGAUUUUUUACACAAUACUUAUUUAAAUGCCAUGAUGGUGCUGAAUGACUUGAAUGAGUUAGUGCUUCAUCAAAUACUGUACUUCAGCUCAAUAGACAUCCCAAUCAGUAAACUCACCAUAACUGCCCAUCUUAAAUUAGACAACAUACAGCCACUUAUAAAUACUGUACUUAAAUCAGAAUGCAAAUAAAAAUGCCAGUAUUUAAAUCUUUGAGGCAAGUAUCUAAAUGAAUCUCAGCACAUUGUAUUGGUUCUUUCCUUUACCUUAACAUUUUCCUUUCCACUUCCCCUUCAGUAUACCCUUAUUUCAUUACAAAUAAUUUCAACUAUAUAUAUUAUUAAUGUUAAUAUUGUAAUUGCCUAAUUCAUGUUUGGGGGAGAGAAUGUGUGGGAGUAAAUAUAGUGAGUGAAGGAAAGAUGGAGAGAUGGUUUGAAAUUAAACUUAAAAAAACAAAACCCUGAACUAGUUAACUAGAGAAUUUUAAUAUCUGUUUAGAAAAAUAAGAUACAUAUAAAAGGAAAGUUAGGGGUGUUGACACUUUUACAGGUUACAGAAAAAAAUUCAUGGUAAAUAUAGGCACCAUUGUAACAGGGAAGCUAGUUCAGGGACACUCCAAUUUAGACACACCACGUGCUCAAGAGGUAUUUAAUUUAGCAAUUUUUGUUUUCCUGGGUGAGUUUUUACCUAUUAGAUCUCCAGAUACCUCUGACUCUUAUUCAAAUCUCUCAAGCUCUUUGAGCAUAGUUUUAAGGACUUGCUCAAAAGUUGUCACAUGAUCCACCCUCGUUUUAAUAUCCCAAUCUAAAAGAAAAACAGCAAGACUCGGCUUUAUUUUCAAAGGUGUUCGCACAGGCUUAUAAACUCUUCAGUUUUGUUAUAACUUUCAUAGCCUUCAUGCUCAGAGUGAUUGCAGAACUAAAGUUAAAAAGAUCAUUAAAGGUAGUGCUCUGUUGCCAAGGGAAGUAUUGUGCAGCAUUGGAGCACCUUAGUGAUUUUAUAACUUGCAUUAUUAGCUAUCAAAGAAUUUUAGCUCCACAGACUGGUCAUGGAAUAUUUAAAUUUAUAAAAACAACUUCUGGGGCCCCUAAGUACUCUGUCAGGAAUUACAAGGGUACAUGUAAAGCUAAGUAAGUUGUCCACAUUGACCAUCUGCAUGUCACUGGCAGAACUAGAUCACAUCAGCUGAUCGAAAGACACUCUAGAGCUGGAACUCGACUCUCCCUCCUCCUGCAAACUCAUAAUAGAUAAGAACAUCUAAACAGUAAAUUGAUAGCAGAAACAAAUCCAUACGUGAAUUUAAAAAUACUGUACCUAUAUACAACAGCUGAAGUAGCUAGUAACUAACUACAGCAGUUCAGCGAUUCUAAUUAUUAUGAUGACAUUCAUGGGGGAGUGCCUUACACCUCCCUUCAGCAGUGAAUGAUGGUAAAGAUAUAGGGCCAGGAGUUAGAGCUUGAGCCCUGCAGGCACACAUAAAAAAAAAAAAAAAAAAAAAGCCAUAAUAAGCUUUGGAUAUAUUUUUUAAUAUUUAAAAAUCAAAGGUACUGUAAACUUGAAACUUACACUUCAUUCCAUUAUAUAUCAAGCAGUGUCAGUAUUUUCUUCCAAUAAUUUGUAUGCACAUAUAAUACUUCGCAUACAGAAUGAGUGUUUUAAGGUGGUGUCAGUUAAAUUGGGACCAAUUUUGAUGGUUAAAUUGACAUCAGUCCUUGCAUUAAUCCUACAUAUACUGUUAUUUCUUACAGAUUUUUGUAUAACAUUAUUAUAUACGUAAGUCGUGAAACAAAAAAAUUAACACUUUCUGAAUACAUAUAUAAAAUAUUUUUAAAAGUAUUUGUGUACAGUAUAUGCCUAUGUGCAUAUUCUUAUGAUAGUUUGUCCAUAUUCAUCUACAUUUGAGUUAGCAAAUGCAAUCAUAUGUACAUGUACACCUACAUACCUAUACAUGUAUAUAUAUUAAAUGCACUUUGUACCUGGAAAAGCAAAGAAUUUUAAUAAGGGAUAUCUUCCAAGUGUGAAAAGUUCAUCAUUACUUAUCAAAUUGGAAAUAAAGCCUUAGCAUUUCGGUUUGUCCUCGACAAUUAUCAAAGUCACAAGUGAUGUGAUAGACGACAUUUUAAUCUGUCCUGGACGCUUAAGUUUUAUCUCCAAUAUAUGGAAUAGUUAUUGAAUUGUUCCAGCUGCACUAUUGUGAUCUGGCAUAUUGUUGCAAGGACUAAAGCUUCUGUAAUUUUUUUUUUUUGUCACAAAUACUAUAUUAAAAGGUAUACAUGUAAAAACAAAUACAGUAUAUUCUUCAUAAGCAUAGCCUUGUAUAUCAAAUGUUUAUUGUAAACCCACAUGGAAAGUCAGGAUGUAAUACAUGUACGUGUAUUAGUGUUAUGUACUUGAAGGGACAAGUAUGUAGUCAUUGUAAAACAUUACAGAUUGCUACAGGUAUAGAUUUUUAUUAAUUCAUUUAUGAAGUUUUCCUGACAAAAUACAUACCAAUUGACAUUAUAUAACUUCAAAAAUUCAGAAAUCACCUCGUGUAAAAAUAAGACUGCUGUCUCAAAUUUGUACACAAUUAUAAUACGUAAUGCAGUUUUCUGAAUUUUCUUUUCAGUAUGGAUUUAGACAUAGUUUUAAACAUUUAUAGAAGUGUUGGUACCACUAUAGGAAUGAGGAGGCUUGAGGCAAUGAAAAUAUCAUGUUGGAAAGCAAUGUGGUGUGAACUUUUUGCAGAGAAUUUAGAAAUUAAAAGCCAAUGUGAGAUCACCUAGGGUAUAUAGUCUGCAUGGAAAGUUAUGAUGUUGGCUGCAGAACAAACUUUUGAUGAUUCCAACAUAUGGCAACAAAUGGUUGAUGUCUGGACUUCAGAGAAAUCUUGGAAAAUACUCUUACACCAGUUGGAAGUGGGGCCAUGCAGCUUGAAGAGGGGUCUCAACUGCAUUGGGUUGAACUCUGCACUAUGUUUAGUGAAGAUCAUAUGAUGAUAUACUUGAUAGAUGAUAAUGUUAAAAGAGGACAUUGUUUCAACAGCAUUUUUUUCUCUGCUGCACCUCCAAAGUAGCCAUGAAGCAGAAAACAAACACUGACCUCUUCUAACAUUAUUUUCCAUUACAUAUACCAUCAUCUGAGCCCCACUGAACAUAGUGCAAAGUUCGACCUAAUGGCGGAAGCGCCCAUUCUUGAAGUUACAUGGCCCCACUUGCAACUGGUGUAAGAAAGUCCAAACUUCAACCAUCUACUGUAAUACAUUUCACUGAACAAAAGUUUGUCCUGUAGCCAGUGUCAUAACUUUGUGUAGACUUUUUUAGCUCUCUGAAUUAAGAAUUAUUGACAUGAUUUGGUCAUGUAGUGGUUGGAGAUGACAUUAUAUAAAAUUGGGAUGGGGGUCAUCUCAGGAAUGGCUGGAGGGGGUAAAGGAGACUGAGUUUUUGAGGCUUGAGCAUCCAGCAAGCUUGUGUGAGUGUUACUAAGAGUAUGUGAAACAAAUGGUUCUAAAGAAAAGUGCUUUUGGAGUAUGAGCAAGGCAAUAUUUAUGAAGGGAUUAAGGGAACUGGUUAACUGGACUUGAGUCAUGGAGGUGAGAAGGGCAGUGCCUGCAAUGUGGAGUGGGAAUAACACACACCUAGCAAAAUAAUGACUGAAUGAGUGAUGGUGAAUGUGUGUACUUUUUUUGGGUCAUCCUUCCUUAGUGGCAGAUGGCUCUUGAGAUAAAUAAAAUUAUUACAGUAGACCUAAUUCAGUAAAGUGGUACUUUGAUCACUAAACUACCAGUGGUUACUGAUUUAAUAGCUUUUCCUUCAAAGUACAUUGUAGCUCAAAUUUUUUUUAUUUUUUCAUACUUACCAUAAUAUUCUCAUGCAUAGAUUGUAUGAGUAACUAAUAAUUAAAUCUGAUAAACAAAGUUUUUUUUUUUUUUUUUUUUUUUUAUAGAAAACCAAAGGUUUUUAAACUUAUGCAUUCCUUGAAUUGAAUCUAGUCAGGUAAUAACUGUAUAUAAUACACAUAAAAAUAAAGAUAAAAUCCUAAAUACUUAAUAAUUUAUAGUAAUAAUUAAGAGCAUGAAGCAAAACCUGUGAACAAGCCAAUGUAGUUUUGUCUACAUUUUUAUAAGUGAUCCUUUAUUAUCAGCUUGUAAACUAUAUAUUUUAUAUGUGGAGCAGACAACUCCUUUUUCUCAAAAAUUCAUUUGUAACAUUCAAAAUCCUUCUGUAGAGCAUUUUUCUAAAAUAUCUUAAAAAUAUUUCAGCCCAUGAAAGGUUGUUGACGGGGUUGGAAUAAGCACAAUACUGUAUUUGCUAGAUAUAUUUGGCCGCAUGAAUGAAAUAGAAAAUAAGUAAAAAAUUGAAUGAGAUUGUGGGGAAGAGGUUAAAAUAUUUAAGUGGGAACUAUCUAUAGCAAUGAAACUAAUUUGCCACUAUAUUUCUAGGAAAGUACAGUAAUGAAGAUAACACAUUCAGAAAAGGUAAUUUUUUAGAAGUUGAGUAAUGCCGACAAGUAUUUACCAAAGAACACGUCAAAUUCAUUUUUAAUCUUUUUCAGCAUCUGGGCGCUCACAUUGCCUGCUCUUUCAGUACAUACGCAUUAUGAUUUCUUGACUGAAACUGAUUAUACCAAUUCUAGCUUUCCUUGUGGCACUCGACUCCCCUAAGCCAAUAGAAGUGUUUCCCUCAGUCUGUUAGUGCUUUGUGAGCCAUACGGGUUGAGCACACUUGGUGAAUAAUAAUGACAGGUAUGGGAAUAAUGACAAUGUUCAUUACAAGUAUUUAUUGGGACUGCUUCAGGACUUGAUAAAGCUCAACACUGAGUAAAACAUUUAUUAUUUUAUUAACACAUCGCUUGAUUCCCAAAAAAGAAAAACUUUCAUCAUUCACUCCAUCACUGUUUUGCCAGAGGCGUGCUUACACUAGUUAUAAAACUGCAACAUUAACACCCCUCCUUCAGAGUGCAGACACUGUACUUCCCAUCUCCAGACUUGAGUCUGGCCUGCCGGUUUCCCUUAAUCCCUUCAUAAGUGUUACUUUGCUCACACUCCAACAGCACGUCAAGUAUUAAAAAAACAUUUGUCUCCAUUCACUACUAUAAAGUUCGCUCACACAUGCUUGCUGAAAAUCCAGCCCCCUCCCCCCAACCUUUCCUAGGCCGACCUCUACCCGGCCUUCCCUCCACUACAGAUUUAUACUCUUGAAAUCAUUCUAUUUUGUUCCAUCCUCUCUUCAUGUCCAAACCACCUCAACAACCCCUCCUCAGCCCUCUGGAUAAUGGUUUUGGUAAUCCUGCACCUCCUCCUAAUUUCCAAACUAAGAAUUCUCUGCAUUAUAUUCACACCACACAUUGCUCUCAGAUAUGACAUCUCCACUGCCUCCAGCCUUCUCCUUGUUGCAACAUUCACCACCCAUGCUUCACACCCAUUUAAGAGUGUUGGUAUAACUAUACUCUCAUACACUCCCCUCUUUGCUUCCACAAACUUCUUUGUCUCCACAGACUCCUAAGUGCACCACUCACCCUUUUCCCCUCAUCAAUUCUAUGGUUCACUUCAUCCUUCAUAGACCCAUCUGCUGACAUGUCCACUCCUAAAUAUCUGAAUACAUUCACCUCCUCCAUACUCUCUCCCUCCAAUCUGAUAUCCAAUCUUUUGUCACCUAAUCUUUUUAUCCUCAUAACCUUACUCUUUCCUAUAUUCACUUUUAAUUUUCUUUUACAUACCCUACCAAACUUAUCUACCAACCUCUGCAACUUCUGUUCAGAAUCUCCUAAAAGCACAGUGUCAUCAGCAAAGAGCAACUGUGACAACUCCCACUUUGUGUUAGUCUAUCUUUUAACCCCACACCUCUUGCCAAGACCCACGCAUUCACUUGUCUUAUAACCCCAUCUAUAAAUAUAUUGAACCACAGUGACAUGACACAUCCUUGUCUAAAGCCUACUUUUACUGGGAAAUAAUCUCCCUCUCUCUUACACUAACCUGAGCCUCAUUAUCCUCGUAAAAACUCUUCACUGCUUUCAGUAACCGGCCUCCUAUUCCAUGCACCUGCGACAUUGCCCUCUAUCCUCCCUGUCAUACACCUUCUCCAAAUCCAUAAAUGCCCCUAAAAUUUCUUUACCCUUAUCUAAAUACUGUCCACUUGUAUGUUUCACUGUAAACACUUGGUCUACACACCCUCUACCUUUCCUAAGGCCGCCUUGUUCAUCUGCUAUCUUGCUCUCCGUCUUACUCUUAAUUCUUUCCAUAAUAAUACACACACAUUGCCAAUCCUUAGGUACCUUACCCUCUUCCAUACAUUUAUUAAAUAGCACCAACCACUCCAAAACUAUAUCCCCGCCUGCUUUUCACAUUUCUAUCUUUAUCCCAUCAAUCCCAGCUGCCUUACCUCCUUUCAUUCUACCCACUGCCUCACGAACUUCCCCCACACUCACAACUGGCUCUUCCUCACUCCUAUAAGAUGUUAUUUCUCCUUGUCCUAUACAUACAUGAAAUCACAGCUUCCCUAUCUUCAUCAACAUUUAACAAUUCCUCAAAAUAUUCCCCCCAUCUUCCCAAUACCUCUAACUCUUCAUUUAAUAACUCUCCUAUUUGUAACUGUCAAAUCCAUUUGUUCUCUAGGCUUCCUCAACUUAUUAAUCUCACUCCAAAACUUUCUUAUUUUCAACAAAAUCUGCUGAUAACAUCUCACCCACUCUCUCAUUUGCUCUCUCUUUACAUUGCUUUGCUGUAUAGCCCUUGUGGCUUAGCGCUUCUUUUUGAUUAUAAUAAUAAUAAUUUACAUUGCUUCACCACUCUUAACCUCUCUUUCUCUCCAUAUACUCUUCGCUUCUUGCAUCACUUCUUUUGUAAAAAAAGACCUCUCGUAUGCUAACUUUUUCUCCCUUACUACUCUCAUUACAUCAUUUCACCAAUCACGCUUCUUCCCUCCCACGCCCACAUCUUCGACCCCAUUGCCUAUACUCUCACUAGCCCGUCUGUCCUCCAAGAGUUGUUUAUAUCUUACCCUAACUGCCUCCUCUUUCUUACUUGCUGCUUCUAUUUUUCUUGUAUCCCAUCUACCUUUUAUUCUCACUGUAGUUACAACUAAAAAGUGAUUUGAUAUAUCCAUAGCCUCUUUAUAAACAUGUACAUCCUGAAGUCUACUCAACAGUCUUUUAUCUACCAAUACAUAGUCCAACAAACUACUGUCAUUAUGCCCUACAUCAUAUCUUGUAUACCCAUUUAUUCUCUUUCUUAAAAUAUGUAUUAACUAUAACUAAACCCCUUUCUAUAGAAAGUUCAAUCAAAGGGCUCCCCAUUAUCAUUUACACCUGGCACCCCAAACUGACCUACCACACCCUCUCUAAAUGUUUCUCCUACUUUAGCAUUUAGGUCCCCUACCACAGCUACUCUCUCACUUGGUUCAGAAGUUCCUAUAAAUUUGCUUAACAUCUCCCAAAAUCUCUCUCUCCUCUACACUCCUCUCUUCUCCAGGUGCAUACAUGCUUAUUAUGACCCACUUUUUGCAUCCGACCCUUAUUUUAAUCCACUUAUUAUUAUAAUCAAAAGCAGCGCUAAAUUGCAAGGGUUAUACAGCAUUAAUCCACGUAAUCCUUGAAUUUAUACAUUUAUAUUCCUUCUCAAUAAUACCAUGUUCUGCUCUUUGUCUUUAUUCCCAGGCACAGUAUUUUAGUUUGCGAGAGGAUUAUGAGCAUGAGCGUUGUGCAACAAAGACCAUUAGUGAAAUUUGUGGCAAGUAAUUUGAAUAAAGUCAAAACGUUUUUCAAAAUGUAAAUUACGCAUUUGAUUAUAGCUCAAAUGAGUGUUUUGAAUUCUUUUCUUUCUCACAAGGCACUUCGUAUUGUACUCGUUACCAAGUUUCUUUUAUAUUUCAGUUAUUCUAGCAUUUCUGUAAAAUGUAAUGAGUAGAAAAUAUUCCACACUUUUUUAUUUCUUUUUACCUUCAUUAUUUUAUUAUGAGAUUUGAAUUGCUUUACUUUAUCUUGCAAGAAGUUCAUAAGUUUUCAAAUACGUAUGUACUGUACUGUAUGUAAAAUUUUUAGCAAGACUAAAUCCUUUUUUGUUUAUAAUUAUAAUAAAGUAUUUCUAUAAUAUAUAAAUUACAAUUAUAUAUUUAUUACUGCAUGCAUGCAAAAGAUGUACUGUAGUAAGUUAUACAAAAAGAAAAAAAAAUUAGAGAACAUGAAAUACAAUAUCAGUCAUAUUACCCAAGGUCUUGUGAUUUCUUAUAAGGUGUAAAAUAAGUCAUGUUGCAAUUAAAUUAUUUCAUUUAUAUAACUUGGAUAUUGUAAGCAUAAGUAUGUAAUGUCAAAUCAUUUAGCUGUGCAAAGAUUAUCAAAAUCCACAUUGUAUUUAAGAGGAAGCACUAAUUCCAUGGGGAUCAUCAGAGUACCUGGGAAAUGGGAAGUAAUUGAGGUUGAUCCAAGGAAGGGGAGGAAAAAUUUAAUUCCUUGGAUCUGGAGCCCCUCAUCAGUUUCAAAGAAACUCUAAAAGAUCAAAACCUAUAUAGGCAUUACUCACCUUUCACUUUACUUAACUGGCCAAAAGUUGGAUUUAUACAAUGGAUUUUGAUUAUAGUGAUAGGAAUUAUUUAUACUGUUUUAUAAUGUCUUGGUGUAUGGAGUAUUUAUAAAUGCACCUUUGACAUCUACUUCCAUUUAAUUACUCUUUUAAUAUCCAAACUGUCAUAAAAACUUCAGACUCAGCCAUUUGUGACAGUCAUUAAAAGUAGGUCUGAGAACUGAAUCAUCAUGAAGUGUAAUCUACAGUAUAUUUUUAGAAAUGUCCUGUCUCUGAAUAUGACAAAAUUGUAAAUGGUUAAGACGUGUUUUUUUUUUUUUUUUUGCUCAAUUAUAUUUUAGUUACUGAUAAAGGCAUAGGCAUGGGGCAGUAAUUUUACUCCCAUAUGAAUUCAAGUUUGUGCACAAUGUUAUUUACAAAGAAUGCAUUUUUAAGAGUACCAUAACUUAUAUUUAUCCAGUUGUCACCUGUUGCAGGAUGCUGUUUCAGCAUGUAAUUGCUCUAAUUGAAAUAAUAGUUUAUUAUUGUACUUUUAACUGUUUUAGGAUGUGACUUUACUGUGCAACUGCUUGUGACUGAAGAGAUUGAGUUACUAAUAAUGACUUGCUAUCCAACUAAAAAAAAAUUAGUUAUCCAAAAUGGUUUUGUGUAUUACCUGCUACUAUUUUGAUGGAGUGCUA